GGAGAGACCUGAAGAAGCCACCAGGCCCGGCCCAGCCCAGCCCACGAUAGCACCAAUCUACGACCCGAUCCAUUUCCGCUUCCACCUCUCUCUCCUUCCACUCCCUCCCUCCGCCGCCGUCUUACUCCCCGCGCCGCCGCCGUCCGGCUGCCGUCCGUCGCUCAGAUGCACAAGUUCAAGACUUUGGCCAAGGCCCUGACCGGCAAGACCGUCACCGCUGGGAGGAACUCUUCCGGGCGAAUCACUUCUUUUCACCGAGGGGGUGGAUCCAAGCGAUCGCUCAGGGACAUUGACCUUAAAAGAAACACUUGUUCAGUCGGCAUUGUGGAAAGGAUUGAGUAUGAUCCCAAUCGUUCUUCUCGGAUCGCUCUUCUCCGAUGGAUCGAAGGGGUAGGGCAGAAGGAUCCGGCAUACAAGGCCGAGCGUGCACCUGUCAACUACAUAAUCGCCAGCCAUCAAAUGGAACCGGGCAGCAUGGUGGUGAACAGCGACUCCUCCAAACCUUCCACGACGGGCUCCUUGAUGCGACCUGCCCACAAUGCUGAUUCUUUCCUUCGGUUCCAAGAGCUGUUUCGCAAGGCCAGCCAAGGCGAAGAGGGCACUGAUGGCCAAGCAAAGGAUGCGGCUGCCACCACAGCAGCACCGCUCAUGCCUGCCGAUCUGCUGGACCUCAACUCCAAGGUGGGAAACUGCAUGCCAUUGUCUGACAUCCGCAUGGGAACAUGGGUGCACAGCAUCGAGCUGCGUCACGGCCAGGGGGCGAAGCUCGUCCGGGCCGCUGGAGCGUACGCCAAGGUGGUGAAGGAGUCAGCCACGCAGUGCCUUGUGCGGCUGCCGUCAGGCGUCGAGAAGCUGAUAGACUCCCGGUGCCGGGCCACCAUCGGCAUCGUCUCCAACCCGACCCACGGCGCGCGGAAGCUGAGGAAGGCAGGGCACAGCCGGUGGCUGGGCAGGCGCCCGGUUGUCCGUGGUGUGGCGAUGAACCCGGUGGACCAUCCCCAUGGAGGAGGCGAGGGGCGCACCAAGGGCGGCAGGCCGUCGGUGUCGCCCUGGGGGAAGCCCACCAAGGCAGGUUAUCGGACCGUGCCGAAGAAGCCAAAGGCCCAGCUGUCCCGCGACUGACCGACGGCCUUGAUGGAAUCCGGCUGUUGGUCCAGGGAAAGGUAGGAAGCAAGAUUUUGAUUGAUGCGGCUAUGGACGGACCAUGACAAAGGAUUGUAGUAACUCAUGCUUGUUUUUGUUUCUGCAAACGGUUUCCCCUACCUACAGGAGCGCUUUGACUUUAUUAUUAUUAUGUAUCAAUAAUAACCAGUGAUGUUUGGACC